AUGUCCGAGUUCAGUUCGGGCCUCGUCUCACACAUCUUCGGGACUCGAGACAGUAACAAUGCGGCUGUUGGAACCUUCACGCCUUCGCAGAACAGAGCCACCUUGAUCGUUGGCCUGACUUGCGCAUGCAUCAGCCUCGCUAUCGCAUUCACGACGCUGCGGUGGUUCGUGGUUAUGAGAAGGCUAUUCAGGCAUCAUCUGAUACUAUUGCUUGUGCUCAGCGAUGCCUGCAAAGCCGUCUGGUACUUCGUCUUUGGUGUGGUUGCGAUCUCAGGAGGACCUGUCUCUUCGUCGUCUAGCUUUUGCCAGGCGCAGGGAUUUCUGCUGCUCAUGGCCAUGGAAAUGUCUGACAUGUCAAUACUUAUAAUUGCGCUGCACACGGUUCUGUGCAUCUUCAAACCAGGGCCUAGGAUUGGCGAAGGUGGAUUGUACCCAUAUCGACACUGGUUGUACCCGGUCUGGCUUGCACCUCCAAUACUCGCUGCAUCGUUGGCCUUCAUCAAAGAAGGAGAUGCGUACUCGACAGCUGGUACAUAUUGUUUCCUGCCGAAAAGGCCCUUCUGGUAUCGAUUGGCCUUGUCUUGGAUACCGAGGUAUAUCAUCAUAACUCUGAUUCUGUUGAUGUACGCUUCGAUCUACAUCUACGUACACGUCAAGUUCCAUGGAUUCCGAAAUUUGCAAGCGAACGAGUCUUCCAGAGACUCGACGACUCUUACAUCACGAAGAACAACAGAAGCUACUGUCGUCGAUUCAGCACCAUCACCGCGGACGGUCACAGUAUUGCCGCCUGUGGCUUCACCGCCCAGAGCACGCCUCAGUCGGCCUGGUAUGCUGAGAGGAAAUUCAUACAGCUCCAUCAAAGCUGCGAAAGAGCCUGUGGAGCCAAGACCGCCUUGGGAGGCAAUGUCCUUCAUCACGGAAUCGCCUUUCGCAUCGGCUGCCGCGCCAGCGGCCGCGUCUCCCAACCCAAAGACGUCCCCGACCAAUUCAGAAAGCUCUGUGACGGACACUUCGGAGGCUGGAGACCCGCGAAAACAGUCCGAGACACCCACCAACUUCACGAACGACACAGUUGUCACGCACGCUACUUUCAACACUGGUGCCAACUUGAAAGCCAGCGGCGACCCAGCGAGUAAUGGAACGACCGACCAUCUCAAAGCAACACGUGCAGCAAUUAGGAAACAGUUGCGUUUCCUGUUCAUCUACCCCAUCAUCUACAUACUGAUGUGGACGUUCCCGUUCGCGAGUCACGUAACGAUGUAUUCGGACAACCUGGUCAAGCACCCGAUCUACUGGCUGAGCAUACUGUCUACAAUAUCAUUAGCUCUACAGGCGGGUGUCAACGGCGUGGUGUUCUCGUUCAAGGAGCGGCCCUGGAGACGCAUCGACCGAGACUCUCGCCUUUCCGUCAACCUUCGACUGUGGAGACGCGGUUGUCUGCCUUCAGAGCCUGAGUUCGAGGAGGAAGACAGGAACAAGCCAAAGCGUCAGGCCAACACGAAUUGGUGGGAGGCAGAAGGUCGGAAGAGGAAAGAUAGUGUAUGGAUGGGCACUGAUAUGCUGACCACUUUCACGUCGCGGAGGCAGCAAAGGCCGGAUACUGCUUUAGACAGUAUACAUGAGAGGUCGGUGGCAUGA